GUGAUUAGUGGCCUGUCGAUCAAUAGGACAAUCAAAUCAUUCUCAACCUUCUUGCCACGGAUAGACCAAAGUGAAAUUUGCAGAACAAACGCGUAUGAGUAUAUAUACGCAUAGGUAAAAGAAAAAGGCGGCGCCCCAUUCUCUCUUUAGAGUCUGAAGAGGUUUUGCAUUCCUUCUUCCUGCUGAACCCAACACUGUAACUUCCCUCAAUCCUAUCAUAUCGCCAUGUCGAGCUUUCCAAAGCUAUCGGUUGAUGAAAGAUUCAAUCUCAUCACUAGGGAUCUGGCAGAGGUGCUGGGAGGCGAUUCAUUAAAAGCCAUUUUGGAAAAAGAUGAAAGGCCAAUAAAGAUGUAUUGGGGUACAGCACCUACUGGAAGACCACACAUUGCUUAUCUGGUCGCAUUGACAAAAAUUGCCGACUUUUUACGAGCAGGCGUAGAAGUGAAGAUGUUAUUCGCCGAUAUUCAUGCAUUCUUGGAUAACCUUAAAGCGCCAAUCGAAUUGGUUCGUCAUCGAGUGGAAUACUAUCGACAUGUUCUCGUCGCUGCUUUGCAUUCGAUUGGUGUUCCAACCGAAAGGUUGAUCUUUGUCGUAGGUUCUUCUUAUCAACUUAGCGAAGCUUAUGCUAUGGACAAUUUCAGAUUAUGCGCUUCAAUCACUGAAAAUGACGCAAAGCGUGCAGGAGCAGAAGUGGUGAAGCAAGUCGCAAGUCCUCUUUUAAGUGGAUUGAUGUACCCCGGUAUGCAAGCUUUAGACGAACAAUAUUUGGAUGUAGACGUUCAAUUUGGAGGUGUUGAUCAACGAAAAAUCUUCAUUUUUGCCGAAACGCAUUUGCCUAAACUUGGCUAUGCUAAACGUGCACACUUGAUGAACGCAAUGGUUCCAGGCUUGAAAGGUGCAAAGAUGUCUGCCAGUGAUGCCUCCAGUAAAAUUGACUUUCUCGAUUCUCCUUCUGAAGUGAAGAAAAAGUUAAAGGAUGCUGCAUGCAUCGAAGGGGUUGUAGAGGAGAAUGGUGUUUUAGCAUUCAUCAGAGCUGUUCUCAUGCCAAUCGCAAGGCUGCGCAAGGAACAACAGGCAAGUGGUAUAGACGUUUUCUCUCAACAUGGCAUUUCCAAAUCAUUCGUUGCACAAGGAGCUCCUGAAAGUACAAUGUUCAGCAUCCAGAGACCGGAAAAGUACGGAGGAAAUUUGCAUUACGACAGUUACGAAUCGAUCGAGAAGGACUUUGCCGAAAAGAAGUUACACCCUCUUGAUUUGAAGAACGGAGUAGCAGAUGCAAUCAAUGCUCUAUUAGAACCAAUUCAAGCCGCUUGGAAAUCUGACCCUGCUUUCAACAAAGCUGAACAAGAUGCAUACCCACCCCCUCCGGGAAAGGUUGUUAAAGCAAAGAAAGAGAAGAAGGCAAAUAAUCAAAAAGCACCCGCAGAAGGACUAGCAGGAGCUGAGGCAAAAAAGGCUCAAUCAUCAGAGGCCAAUGCUACAUUUGUCGAAGCAGCAGAGAAGGGGAUCGAAAAACUUGACAUAGCAUCUACCCAAUAAAUUUGUAUCGUACUCACACAAAACCGCAAUCAAUAUCUUUCACACACUCUUCCCACUACUGUGUGCCUGGAAAUCAGUCCCGGUCAUGCACAUCAGCACUCCGAAGCCUGCCAAAUGAGAUGUAGAACUCAUCCUUUCAAGCACACGAAAGAAAUGCACAUCGGCCGGAAAAUGGAGAGAGAUCAUUAAUCAUAUAAGCGUUCAACAAGUCUCGAAAGGUGAAGAUUAAUCAAGAAAGAAUGAAAGGUGCUUAAUUCUUCGUCUUGACCACGAUAGGAACUGUGAAGAGAGAGUAGGGCGUUUUGUUAAUAAAAUACGUCUAGACCACUUGUCGGCAGAUUGGAAUCCGAUCCAUAAAUGAUGCUUUUCCAC